GCCAAAUCGUCCUCGCGAAUCGAAAUCAACCGAAAAGGUCGAGUUCGAUGGGCGACAUAGUCGAUCAUUCCUUGACUUUGCUUGAGCAAACUCUCGGUUGUUAGAACACCGCUAUCAGGCUUCGAGGCAUAUAGACGCAUCUCCCACACACGCUCUCUCUUCUCGCCUCUUCUCCGUCUCCUCCACCCUCCUUCAAAAAGAACCCGGACCACCGAAUACAGCAACAAACAGCAUCAUAAUGUUUGCCCGUUCUCGAGCCCUCCGCAACGUCGUCAACUCGACCAGGACUUAUGCCACCUCGGUCGCAGACUCGGCAGGUGUCAAGGUCGCCGGUGUCGAUCUCGGUCAGCCUACCACCUCGAUCAGCGUCGUCGUCAAGGCCGGUAGCAGGUACGAGACCUUGCCCGGUGUCGCGCACGCUUUGAAGAACUUUGCUUUCAAGGCCACCUCGAACGCCUCGUCCCUCAAGAUUGUCCGUGAAGCCGAGCUCUACGGAGGUGUGCUUUCAUCGGGUUUGAGCAGGGAGCACUUGUUCUUGAACGCCGAGUUUUUGAGGGGAGACCAGGACCACUUUGUCAAGGUGCUCGCUUCCGUCCUGUCGGCUUCGAAAUACCACCCUCACGAGUUUUCCGAGCUCGUCAUGCCCACCCUCCAAUCCGAGACCUUGAACGCUAUGGCCACUCCUUCCACCCUCGCCCUCGACCUGGCUCACCACGUCGCUUUCCGACGAGGACUCGGAAACUCGUUGUUCGCCUCGCCCCACUCUCCCCUCGGUGUCCAGGACGUCAAGGAGUACGCUAGCAAGGCUUUCGCCAAGAGCAACAUUGCCGUGUUUGGAACUGGUAUCUCGACCGAGGCUUUGAGCGAGGCCGUCGGCAAGGCUUUCGGAGGUGCUUCGUCGUCGUCGUCGACCGGAUCGAGCUUGUCUUCCACCGGCAGCAAGUACUACGGGGGUGAACAGCGAGUCCCUAUCGACGCUCACUCGGGCGGACAACCUACCAUGGUCAUCGCCUUCGGUACGACCGAGAUCACCCCGGAGCUGAACGUCAUCCCCGAGCUCGUCGGAGGUGCUUCCGCCCUCAAGUGGGUCCCGGGUACCACCCCCCUCGCUCAGGCCGCUUCCAAGGUCCCGGGAAGCAAGAUCCAGAGCUUCCACCUCCCUUACUCUGACGCCGCGCUCGUCGGCGUCUCGAUCACCGCCCCUACCUCGGAGGGCGUCAAGGAGCUCGCCAAAGAGGUCGUCAACACCCUCAAGGGUCUCGCUUCGUCGAGCGGUAUGGACGCAGAGGCCGUCACGAGGGCCGUCGCUGCGGCCAAGUUCAAGGCGGCCAACGCGCUGGAUAACAAGGAGGGGCUCUUGGCUGCUUAUGCGCCGGGGAUCUUUAGCGGAAAGGAGGUCGAGGUCAAGGACUUUUCGAGCGUCUCGGCCGAGACUUUGAGCAAGACCGCUGGGAACCUCUUGAAGUCCAAGCCGUCUGUAGUGGCUGUCGGUGACUUGGCCGUCUUGCCCUGGGCGGACGAGCUCGGACUGUAAAGAGCGUUAGAUGGGAUCCCUUGUAGUAAAAAGUCUUUGGAGUUUGAAGUAGAUUAGGAGAUGAAUGGGAUGGUCAGAUGAAGAUGCGUUUCGGAUCACAUUUCACUUAGACACGGUGGUUGGGCCGAGUAACUCCUGUACCGCGGAUGCAGAUUUUCUCUUAGGGAAACGCGGGCGAUGGGAUGGGCUUGACGGAACUUGGGUCAUGCAUCCUCACGAU